AACUUUGACAAUUUGACGCACGUGCAUUGCGGCAUGGUGUUUAUUUACCAGAACUCUUGAUUUUUAAAUGGAAUAACGUAAUAGAAACUCUUAAAAUGCCAGCCACAGUCCAUAACGACACUCUUAUAUACAAAGGAAGUAAUUUCUUCCGACAGCGGUUGCUAUUAUCCACUCUCAGUGGUCGUUCCGUGAGGAUAGAAGAGAUUCGGAGUUCGCACGAUGAUCCUGGCCUGCGGGAGUACGAAGUGAGCUUGAUACGGCUGUUGGAUAAAGUGACGAACGGUACCAGGGUGGAGUUGAGCGAAACGGGCACGUCUGUGUUUUAUCAGCCAGGAAUUUUGAUCGGAGGGCAGGUCACACAUAAUUGUAGUACACAAAGAGGCAUAGGUUACUAUUUAGAAGUACUGCUAGCACUAGGUCCAUUCUGCAAGGAGCCACUGAAUGUAGUAUUGCAAGGAGUCACCCACCAUGAUCUGGAUGUAUCUGUGGACAAGGUAAAGGCAGCAGCGUUACCUAUACUGCUGAAGUUUAUUUUGGUGGAUGAUGGACUGGAACUGAAGGUCGUGAGGAGAGGAGCACCACCUCUUGGCGGUGGCGAGGUUGUAUUCCGGUGUCCUGUGCGGCGCGGUGUGCGUCCACUACAGUGGACCAGCUGGGGGCUUGUCAAGAGGAUCCGUGGCGUCGUUUACGCAUUACGUGUGUCACCCACUAUGGCUAACAGGGUGGUUGAGGCGGCUAAAGGGGUGAUGCUCAAAUUCCUGCCGGACGUGUAUAUCAACACAGACCAGUGCCGCGGCCCCAACGCGGGGAAGAGCCCUGGCUUUGGAAUCAGCUUGGUGGCUGAGACUAAUGAAAAAACUUUCUAUUGUGCUGAAGCAAAAUCAUUAGUAGCUGGCAGCGGCGAGACGACGCUACCAGAGGACUUGGGCCGCGAGUGUGCUCAGAAACUUCUAGACGAGAUCUACCGCGGCGGCUGUGUCGACUCAUCUUUACAGUGGCUUGUGGCAUUGUGGAUGGCGCUGGGACAGAAGGAUGUCAGUGUAUGUGUGGUGGGCCCUCUCUCUGACUACACCAUAACCUUCCUUCAGCACCUGAAAGAGUUCUUCGGCGUGAUGUUCAAGCUGGAAGUGCUACGAGCCGGUGAUGAUGAUGAGGACAGCGGUGAUGAGAUGUCGACGGCACAGCGCGUUAAGAUGACGUGUGUCGGCAUUGGAUAUGUUAAUAUUAGUAAGAGGACGUUGUAGUGUUAAUAAAUUGUUAUUACUAA